AUGGCAAACAAUAGCAUUAUUGACUUCUGGUAAGUUAAUUUUUAACUGUUCACCAUCUGAGUUGGGCCAAGUAGUCACUCAUAAAGGUUGAACAAAUGUUACUUUUUAAGACAAAAAUUAUUAGUAUCAUCCAAUAACAGUGUUUUGGCAAGGCUUAACAGUUGCAACUUUGGAAGUAAGAGUCACAGGCACCCAUUUCUAGUUUUAAGUUUUGAGAAUUUGCAACACUUACAGUGACAUUGCAAAUAGAAAAUUGUCAUGGAAUGCGAGAGCUAAUGGCUUAAAUUUUGAAAACUCUGAAUAGGGUAAUGUAAUUUUCAACAGAAAAAAACAGCUGAUUUGGAAAGAUAGUCUCUAAAACAACAAACACUGCAGGCCAUGGCUAUAAAAAGUGUUCUUUCCCCAUUGUCCUUAAAGUAUAGACCUUGGACAUUAAAGUGAAUUCAGUUUGUUUUAAUUUCUGUUAUAUUAAGUUUCUGUUUUUUUUUUAUUUAUUUUAUUUUUUGAAAGUCGGACAUCAUUGGCAUCCAUGGCUGGAAUCUCUGCUGGAAUUCUUGGACUCUCAGCUCUUAAAGGCUUCAUCUUUUAUUUUAUAGCUUCCUUGUUUAUGUCUGUAAGUUACUUGCUUACUCUGUAUACUUGUCUACAAGUUUAGUUAACAUUUAUGGGGUACAUGUAGGGUAGUACACGGCUCUUUGAAGGCCUCACAGGAUUGCUGAGAAAACAAUAAACAAACAACAGCAAACAACUCAAACUCCCUGCUAACUCAAACUAACGUAAGUCCAAUUUCCCUUGGAUUUCACCCCACUUUUCAGUCAUUUUUACUCUGUUAACUCAAACUCGGAUAACUCAAGACCAUGACAAGGGAGCAGGAGCUUUUAAUUGUUCUUUCAUUCCAUCUGGAAUUGUCAUAGUCUGAACAAAAUGAGUAUAUUCUGAUAGCUACAUGUAACAAUGAACAUGAAAGAAAAAGUCUAGAACUAAACGAAUUUUCGACCAUGUGUAACCUCUUUUAAAAAGUAGAGAACCACCCUAGAAUCAUGAAGUCCUUAGAAACCACCUUAUAAACAUAGGAAUCGAGUUUUUUAACUGUUAAUCCUCAUGAAACAAAAACUAAAAAAUCCCAAUAAUUUUAGUAACAAAGGUAUAUUUAGGGGCACCCUAAUUUUCCAUUGCAUGGAACUCAGUUUGACAUUGCUUUUGGAAACCUAUGGGCUAGUAACCCUACACUGGAUUAACAAGAGUAGUAAUAACCCUAGUCAGUUCCCAGGGGAAGGGGGUACUGCCAUACAUGGGUUAUAUAGAUAUGUGCUGCUGUGUAGGGAAGGGAUUUAAAGCAGUUUAGUCUGGGAAUGGAUAAUAUAGAAAUCAGAGUGUUUAGGUCUUGAAUAGGGUGUCAUUUCCAGGAGUUGGUCGAAGAUUUUAGUCUAGACUAGGAAAACUGGGGAAUGACAGUCAAAAAAUUAUUAAUUGGCUUACCCAGAGCUCAAUAAGUAGUUGGACAUGGGGUUUUACGGUGUUGUGGUAUUGAGCUUUUUUCAAGCGUUAUUUCAGUAGUUUUGAUUUUAAUGUGUGGUAUUGUGGUAUCAUCCAGUUUUGCAAAAUGCGGUUUUUCAUCCUUCUGGCUAACAGUAUUUGGUAAAAAAAGAUCCUUCAUGAUAUUGGCGUACCAUUCAUUUGGCCCCUCCUGUCUAUUGUAAGUCAAUAUUUGGAAGACUUUUGACUUAAGGGUAAAUGAUUACGCAAUUUCUGACAGUUACUCCAUGAUGAAAUUGCUAGGACAUCCAAUGACCAUGCUUUUCGAUCAUUGUACCAAUUAAUUCGAAGUCUUCCCACAUUUUCUCGCGAUAGCUGAGGUUGAUUUCUGGUGUAUACGUGCUUGAGAUAAACAAACACGCAAGGUGGAUUCAACUUUAAGUAAUCGUGACGGAUCAUAAAAGCUGUAUUUGUAUUUCGUCGAUUUUUUACACCGUAUUUCGGUAUUUGCCUAUUUUUCUUAGGGUAUUGCAGUAUUGGGUACCCCCCAAUGUCCCCCUCAAUAAGCUUCUGUUUUGGCUGAGCUGUACUUGUGAACUCAGUACUUUCUAGCAAAUAGCAACUCUAGACUUAGGAGAGAUUUUGAGAGUUUAGAUUAGAGUGUAUUGUAGCAAAAAUAUAAGUUUUAGGAUCUCAGCCACACACAUCACACCCAAAGAUUCCUUAAACCGAAUCCCCCCAACCCAUGCUGCAGAAAGCAGGUUAAAUUGGGUAUCCUGUGCAUCAUCAUCUCUAGCAUUACUGUAUUAUCUAUUAUUUUGUUGUUCUCCUUAACUGCUGACUUUCAUUAUUACAUUCAAGACAUACUUACUGUUUUGGACGUAUCCUUUCUGAAAUUUGAACAAGUACAGCUGGAGGAAUUUCAGCGUUUUGUACUUACACCAUUUUCUUUGUAUUUUAAUUUAUUUUUCUAACAUUAACAGAUAUAUAUUAUUUUGAUAGCCUUCCAGUAACACGGAUCUUCAUGACCAUUGUUUGAUUCAGUAGAUGUAUUGGGUUGAGGGAAUAUUGUUGGUUUGAGAAAUACUUUAUAUAAACUUUUAUAUCUAAUCAUUUUAAUUUCCAUUGAGCAAAACUAAUAACCGCAGUGGGUGGCCAUAACUGCAUACACAUUUUGAAAGCAUGCAGUUAAUAUGUACCUCUCAUUUGCCGAGUUUUUGGUCUGAGUAUUUUUUCCAUUAAUAUUUACAAUACGGAGCGAGAAAACGAGGCUGAUAAGUUGUUUAUUAUGUAGCUUCCUGUUUGGAGCAACUGGAAACAAGUGUACGUUAUGCAUUUUGACAGUCAUUUGAAAGGCAUCAAAAAAGAAAUUUUUUAUCGGCUCACCAAAACAAUAGCACUUUACAAUGGCUUUCCAUAAAAGUGUAAACAUGCAAACUAUAAGCACUGUAAGUUUUAGCUCACCAAUGUAAAAAUUCUUGUAUUUUGAAAAUUGGACACUGUGUUUAGCUCAAAGUCGCUUCCAUCUUUCUUUCGUUAAGUCUUUGAAAAACCAAAGUCAAUGGUAAAAAAGCUUGUCAAGGUAAGCUCAAGUUUGUUUUCCUUGUUGAAGGAUUGCUCGUCUUUCUUUGGCAAAAUGUCUUGGAUCCCUGCCAGUUCAUUAUUAUCUUCUUCAUUGUGAUCUGCGAUAAAAUUUUCAAACACCGACUAGAAUCCUCUUCUUGGGUAAGAUUACGAUUCAGUUUCUUUCUCAGCUUCGUUCUCAAAUAGACAUAAGUUAAGAUUUGGAAGGAUGAAGUCACAUCCAAGUCUACAGGGUUUUCAGACAUAUGAUAACAUUCCUUUAAUCAUUUCUUUGAGAUAGAAAGAUUUAGAGCAGCAAAAUGAGCAUUCACUUUUGAAAUUUUGGCCCGUACAGUAAGUAAGAUGGACGGCAAAUUGACCAAUCAUAAGGCGAAAACAGACUUAGCCAAAUAAUUUUAAAAUGUUAAAAAAUAUUUAUCAUAGCACUUACGAAUUACUAACUGCUGAUUGGAGGUUGUAACCUCAUGGAGUAUGUGUGUAUUUAGUGAUACUUGCCAAACCUCUGUUUUUGCCAUCAUUCUGGGUCCUUUCCAUGUCCACUCUUUCAAUGAUUUUUCCUCGUGUUAUUUCAUUAACCUUAUGAUCAAGAUUUUUGUAUGGAAUGGUUCAUGUCUACUGA